CCCAUAUAAGGAUGCUCGACGUGUUAUUUUUAAGUGCACUCGAAAAUCCCUAUAAAAACGACGCCUCGCGUCAUUAGCACACUCGUUUAUAACCUCGCUUAGCGUCGAGUCCUUUCAUUUUUUUAGAGUCGCUGUGCCAUCAAUAAACCGAUAGAAACAUGUGUGACGACGAUGUAGCGGCUCUUGUCGUCGAUAAUGGCUCGGGAAUGUGCAAAGCCGGUUUCGCCGGUGAUGACGCCCCACGUGCGGUAUUCCCCUCAAUCGUAGGUCGCCCUAGACAUCAGGGUGUCAUGGUAGGUAUGGGUCAAAAAGAUUCCUACGUAGGAGAUGAAGCUCAAAGCAAAAGAGGUAUCCUCACGUUGAAAUAUCCUAUCGAGCACGGUAUCAUCACCAACUGGGACGAUAUGGAAAAGAUCUGGCAUCACACCUUUUACAAUGAACUUAGAGUAGCUCCCGAAGAACAUCCUAUUCUAUUGACAGAAGCUCCUCUUAAUCCGAAAGCUAAUAGAGAAAAAAUGACUCAGAUAAUGUUUGAAACUUUCAAUACGCCCGCUAUGUACGUUGCAAUUCAAGCUGUAUUGUCGCUUUACGCUUCUGGUCGUACGACUGGUAUCGUACUUGAUUCUGGGGAUGGUGUUUCCCAUACCGUACCAAUCUAUGAAGGUUACGCUCUUCCUCACGCUAUACUUCGUUUAGACUUGGCUGGUAGAGAUUUAACCGACUAUCUUAUGAAAAUCUUAACUGAAAGAGGAUACUCCUUCACCACUACUGCCGAAAGAGAAAUUGUUCGUGAUAUUAAAGAAAAGUUGUGCUACGUAGCUUUAGAUUUCGAACAGGAAAUGGCUACUGCCGCAAGUUCUACCUCAUUAGAAAAGAGUUACGAGCUUCCUGAUGGUCAAGUUAUUACCAUUGGUAACGAAAGAUUCCGUUGUCCGGAAGCUUUAUUCCAGCCUUCAUUCUUGGGUAUGGAAUCUUGUGGUAUCCACGAAACCGUCUACAAUUCGAUAAUGAAGUGCGAUGUUGACAUACGUAAGGACUUGUACGCUAACACUGUACUCUCUGGAGGUACCACCAUGUACCCAGGUAUUGCUGACCGUAUGCAAAAAGAAAUCACCGCCUUGGCUCCGUCAACAAUCAAAAUCAAGAUCAUUGCUCCACCUGAAAGGAAAUACUCUGUAUGGAUCGGUGGUUCCAUCUUGGCAUCACUAUCCACCUUCCAACAGAUGUGGAUCUCCAAACAAGAGUACGACGAAUCCGGCCCAGGAAUUGUUCACCGCAAAUGCUUCUAAACCACUUAUUGCAAUAUUGUUUGUGUAUUUAUUAAGUACAAUACUGGAAAUGGUGUUACUUGUUUUCAUAUGUUAAUUCACCGGUAUCUUGAGGAAGCAAUUUGUUGUAAUUAAAGAUUAUAUUUUGUUAAAAACAUAUUUUAUACUUUAUUUUAUUGUCCAAUUAUUAAAAAUUUUUAAUUUAAAUAUGAAACAUCUAUGUUUAGAAUUAUAUAGAAAGUGAAUAGAUCAGUAUUGUACUAAAUGAAUAUUCAUAUUUUUAUAAAAAAUAUUAUCCUUGAGAGGCCUUACAUCCUAGAAGACUGUUUCAAACCUUCAAGAAACUUGUAAAAUCUGAAUCACUACACUGUUUUUGUAACUUGAAUUUCAAAACGUAUAUCAAAAUUGUAAUAAUUAAUUAUUAUUUAAUGUAAUUCUAACCUACUCUUGAUAGUAAUUAGGCAUUUGAAAUCUAAUCCAAAAAUUGGUUGUUUAUAUUUUAUAUGAAUAUUUAUAGUAGUAGGUGUAAAGAUUUCAAUUGCAAAAAGUUACCUGUACUGUUUAGAAUAAAUUAAUAUUCCAAAAUAAAGUUUUGUUAUAUAGUGA